AUGGCUAGGCUGCCCUGCAGAGUUAUCAAGGAAACCCAGAGUCUGCUGGCAGAACCAGUUCCUGGCAUUAAAGCAGAACUAGAUGAGAGUAACGCCCAUUAUUUUCAUGUGCUUGUUGCUGGCCCUCAGGAUUCCGCUUUUGAGAGAGGGACUUUUGAACUUGAACUAUUCCUUCCAGAAGAAUACCCAAUGGUAGCUCCUAAAGUACGUUUCAUGACCAAAAUUUAUCAUCCUAAUGUAGACAAGUUGGGAAGAGUAAGUUUAGAUAUUUUGAAAAAGUGGUCCCUAGUACUGAAGAUCCGAACAGUUCUGCCCUCUAUCCGGGCUUUGUUAAAUGCUCCCAAUCCGGAUGAUUCAUUAGCAAAUGAUGUAGUAGAUCAGUAG